AUGGUUGCACUCAAACACUUGAGCAUUUCUGCCGUCCUCGGGCUGGGUCUUGCCAGCCGUGGACUUGCACAGUCCCUUGAUAAACCCGAAGAUCUUGAUGUUCGCGGUGAAAUCGUGGAGGAAAUUGUCGCUCGGGAUCUCGAUCUUGGUCUUGAAGAAAGAGACGAGGAUGAUGAGCUUGGGAUUCGUAACUUCGAGGAAGAGCUCCUAGAGCCUCGGGAUCUCGACGUUCGACGGAACAAGAGGCCCCCUCGCCCAGCCCCUAAGUCUGCUCCUCGCCCCCGUCCUAACGCCCGUGAUCUCGAAUAA